AUGUCGGUCCGAAGGUGUAGGGCUGUAAAAACAACUGGAUACAGCCUAGCACAGCCGAUAGAUCCCGGAACGUUAAUACAGGACUCAUUAAAAAGGAGAUGGGUUACAGGUUCUGCAAUUGGUCAGGGUGGAUUUGGACGUAUAUACUCAGCUAAACUUGAAGACGAGAAACUUUUCCGUUAUGUUAUUAAAAUAGAACCGCAAGAAAAUGGGCCACUUUUUACGGAAAUGCAUUUUUACAUGAGGGCAUGUUCGGAAGACUUAAUAAAUUCAUGGAAAGUAAAACACUCCCUCAAAUACCUCGGUAUUCCGAGGUAUAUAAGCAGUGGAUCAAUCAAUUUAAACAAAGCAGCUCUCCGAUUUCUUGUAAUGGAUCGGUUUUCUGGAGAUUUAGAAACUACACUAAAAAAUCAUGAAAUAUCCGCAUCUGGUAUUCUAGAAGCCUGUGCUAAUGUGUUAAAUGCUUUGGAAUAUAUGCAUUCAAGGGACUAUGCACAUGCAGAUAUCAAAGCAUCAAAUCUUCUUCAUAGAACGUCGCAACAGGAGGUUUAUUUAGCUGACUUUGGUCUAGUUCACUUAUUUCGUUCAAAAGGUGUACAUACUGCUGAAAAGGCAGAUCCAAAAUUUCGUCACAAUGGAACAAUAGAAUUUUGUUCAAGAGAUGCACAUAAUGGACUUCCGCCAUCUCGUAGAGGAGAUUUGGAAAUUUUAGUUUACAAUCUUAUUCAUUGGUUAGCUAGAUCUCAUCCAAAUGCGCCUCAAUUGCAUUCCACAGGUCUUCCUUGGGGACAUCUCAUAUCAGAUCCAAAACUGCGUGCAAAUGUUCCUGAUCGUGUGAAAGUGGCUGUAGCUGCUUUAAAAGAGAAAACAAUGAGAAACCCUGCUGAAUUUGUAUCACAAGCUGGUUACGGAUCUAAUCCUGAUAUACUUGCAUUUAUUCAGUCUAUCAUAAAGCUGAAUUAUACAGAUACACCAGAUUAUUCUCGUCUACGUCAAUUAUUGUACAAUGCAAAAUGUUCUUUCAGCAAUAAACAAUCUACCGUCGUACCAAGCUAUAAAUUAACUAUAGAAUCGGAUGAAACAAGUAUCAAAGCUUCGCCUUCACGGCGUAAAUAUAAUAUAGAUAAUUCUUCAAAAAUCGAUGAUUCACGCGCUUUAAAUUCAGUGGAGAAUUUGGAACUUAUUCAUACAAUUCCAAAAACUCCAAAUAGUUUACCUAGUAAGCGACUCCGAGGUCGUCCACCCGGUCGUUCCAAACAAUUAGAGAAUAUAUCACCAGCUGUUACUUCUUCGUCCGAAGUAGUAGACUCUCUAAAACACUCUAAAAUUUCUGAGAUUGAUGCCAAACCAAACUCUACAAGAUCUAAUUUGAAAACGUUGAAUUCUCGAUCGAUAUGUUUAAAUUCACCAACUAAAGCAUCUACUCCUGAUGGUGGUGGACUUAUGUCGACAGUAUCCGGUACUAGAUUUUUAAGUCCUAGUAGUACUACUAGUAGUAAACAUGGUAAUUCUGCCCUUCAACAACGUGUCCGAACUCGACUUAUUGAUUUGUUUUCAGACAGUGAUAAUGAUGAAUCAUUUGGUAGUCAACAUAACUUGUCUAAAUCUCGUAAAGGUGCAUUGAAAUCAGCGCCUAAACUUCAAUCACCGAAGCGAUCAUCACCGUUUGUCAAAAAAUCACAACAACAGAAACGUCAACUACUAACAAGUUCUGCUUCGAAGCAAUCCCUACUUAAAUCUCCAGAGUUUACUUCUUUAACCUCUGAUCGUAGACGUUCCGGUUGGUGUCAAACAUCCCCAGAACUGUUAGCUGUCGCCAAAGCUGA